GUCAAAUUUAAGCCAUCGCCUCUCCGACCUCCCCCCAGCCUCGGUCGCGCCCUGCCGUUGGCCCCCCUCUCCCUCCUCUCUGCGGGGGAAGGAGAGAGACGGAACCCAAGAGACAGGGGCGGAGAGGGAUCAAGCUCAAGCUCAGGCUCUGCCUCGCCGGGCUCCGGCCGUCGACCGACUCCUCCUCAGCGGAUGGCCAAUCGGCCCAGCGUGCCCAAGUUCGGCACCUGGGACAGCGACAAUGUGGGCUACACGGUCUACUUCAAUAAGGUGCGCGAGAACAAGGGCGCCACCGCGCCGCCGCUCCAGCGGCCGUUCAACCCCAACGACCCGGAGGAGGAAGCCCCGAGGGUGAUCGCCCCGGGCUCCAGGCCGGCCACCUCCAGCGGCGACCGCGCGGCGCCGCAGCAGAACGGGCACCAGCACCGCCGAGCCGGGAGCAGCAGCGCCGAGAAGAGCAAGUUCGCGCCGCCGCCGCAGUACUACCCGCGGCCACAGGUCACCCACCACCAGCCUCCGGCCGGACACGGCGGCGACAACGGCCAGCACCGCUCUUCGUCCGGGCACGGUAGCGACCACGGCCACCACCACCACCACCGGCCGGCCGGGCACGGCGCGCACCACAAGCCGCAUGACACGAGGUACAAGCCGGCGGGGGCACGGGCGCGGUCCGCCUCGCCGAACCACGCGCCGGGGCGGCAGAGGCCGACGGCGGUGCCCAAGUUCGGGGCGUGGGACGAGCAGAGCGGGGGGGCACAGGGGUACACGGUGAUGUUCGACCGGGUGAAGCAUGACCGGGAGGCGGCCCGCCGCGGCGGGGUGCGGAACCUCCCUCGCCGCCGCAUGCCGUCGCCGGAGAGCUACACGGCCGCGAGGCGGCCCCGGCACACCCCCUUCUACUCCAAGAUGUUCGGGUGCUUAAUCCCUCACACCAGAGACUGAGACGAGGCUGCCGGAGGCUCUGAACGCGACCUUGACCUUACUUACGUGUGUGUCAUUUUUGUUUUUUCUCCGUGGGCCUGGAGAGGAUUGUUCUUCUUCUCCGAGACUGGUCUAUUCAUUCUUCUCUUUCUUGCUCGCUCUUACAUUGGGUUGGUUUUUGCACGGUGGUUUGUGGGGCCUUUGUACGUACGGCGGGCUGUGAUGUAUGAUUAUAUGCAUAUUGUCUACUGUUUUGCUUUAAAAAAAAUGUUCUACUGUUUUU